GUUUUUUUUACUGUAUAACAGUUAAAACUUGUUUUUUUAUUUGUGUGAGUGUUUUAUAAUCUGUAUUUUGAUAAUAAAAAAAUAAUUAAAUGUAAAUUUUAUUUGUAACAAAAAAUCAAUUAAAUGCUAAUUGAUAGUUAGUCGUGGAUGAAUAGAAGAAACUACAGACAUCAAGUGAUUUGCUCAAACAAUGAAAGGUCGGGGCUACGCUGUGAAGUGGUCGCGGAGGCUUUGUAAACGCGACCUGGGAACUACGGCUUGUUCCCACCAAGCCAACGAUAGUGAGAGAGGUGGUAUAGCCUCACGACAAAUCGCCAGUCACAGAACCAGGUCAACCCACGCUGCAGCGACUUCUGUUCUGGAAACCCUGGUGCCGUCUGUGAAGACCUGGGACGAGGUGCCUGGUCCCAAGCCGUUGCCGCUGCUUGGAAAUACUUGGCGAUUCAUCCCUUAUAUUGGAGGCUAUUCAGUAGAACACGUAGACAAAGUAUGCUUAUCGCUACGAGAAAAGUAUGGGAAAUGCGUCAAAAUGGCCGGUCUACUGGGCAGACCGGACAUGCUGUUCGUCUUCGAUGCCGGCGAGGUGGAGAGAGUCUUUCGAGGAGAAGAUGCUGCUCCACAUAGGCCAUCCAUGCCAUCGCUAAUGUACUACAAGCAUACACUGAGAAAAGAUUUCUUUGGCGCGGAGAAAGACUGCGGUGGUGUUAUUGCUGUACAUGGCGACUCGUGGUCAGCGUUUAGGACAAAGGUCUCUCGUGUAGCUCUGAGCACCGGCGCAGCUGCACAGUAUACGCACCAAGUUGGGGAGGUGGCUGAUGCUUUUGUCGACAGAAUACGUGAAACAAGAAACCCGGACUUAGAAACGCCAAACGAUUUUUUAAAUGAAGUACACAAAUGGUCUUUGGAGUCCCUUGGACUAAUAGCCCUGGAUACGCGACUGGGAUGUUUCGAGUCACAUGAAGGGUCUGAAAGCCAGCGUCUCAUAGAUGCUGUGAAUACGUUCUUCCUUUGCGUCGGAGAAUUGGAGCUCACAGCUCCGUGGUGGAGGAUAUACCCGACCACUAUGUUCAAAAGAUAUGUGGCCGCUCUUGAUACUAUUCUCAGCGUAACUCUGAGUCAUGUAGAGCGAGCACUGAAGGAAUGUUCAGUGAGCGGGAGCAAGUCCCUGCUGCAAGACCUGGUGACCGCGGCCGGGCCCAGGGUGGCUGCUGUGGCAGCCCUUGACAUGUUCCUGGUGGGGAUCGACACGACCUCAAACGCUGUAGCAUCGACUUUGUACCAGCUGUCUCUACGUCCAGACGUGCAAGAGAAGUUGCAUACUGAAAUAACAAACGUUCUCCAAGGUCGUCCGUUGAGAGCUGGAGAUGUCAGUCAGAUGCCGUAUUUAAAAGCCUGCAUUAAAGAAGUUUUAAGGAUGUAUCCAGUUGUAAUCGGUAAUGGACGCCAGUUGACUAAAGAUACUGUUAUUUGCGACUACAACAUUCCUAAAGGAACCCAAGUGAUUUUCCAACACUACGUAAUGGGUAAUAGCGAGGAAUACUUCUCAAAAGCGUCAGAAUUUCGUCCGGAACGCUGGAUACAGCGGUCACAUUACAAGCACCAUCCAUUCGCAUCUUUGCCUUUCGGAUUUGGCAAGCGAAUGUGUCUGGGUCGAAGAUUUGCUGAACUGGAGAUGCAUGUCGUGAUUUGUAAGAUGGUGCAAGCCUUUAAGAUGGAGUAUCACCACGAGCCGUUGGACUACCACGUGCAUCCGAUGUAUACGCCCAACGGACCGAUACGACUCAAACUGAUCGAACGUUGAUAAAUAUUUGUGUACUUCCCACUUUACAAAUAUAUAAAAGUAACGGAAGCUCGCAACUUCGUCCGUGUGGAAUUAAUUUUUUCACAAAUCCCGCGGAAACUAUUGAUUUGUCGACGAUAAAAGUGAGCCUAUAUAUUGCUUAAUAACCGCUCUUUCUUUUCCAUUAAAAUCGGUUCUGCCGUUUGAAAUAUUAGUACGACAAACAGACAUUUUCUUAAAAGUUCAAUUGUGUUUAAGUAUUGUGUAAGUACGCACUUUAUAAAAUACAGAUGUUUGAAAAUCA